AAAACAGUGCGCCACCUCUGAUCGGUACAUUAGGCGUUUCCUUCGCCUACAAGACAGACUGAAAGUAGACUUAACCAUGGCUUUCAGAGGUGUAACGAGCACGCACGGUGUUUGACCGAUUCCAGUGUCGAGCACAGUGACAGUCACGCGACUCAAGUUCCUGCGCGGAUGCGAACUGCAGCCACCGCGAGCCGAGCGAGAGAGAGAAAGAGAAGCGAUCUGCCCGUCCAGUCGUCCGCUGGGAUGGAGGAGCCGCAGCAGCAGUUUAACCGUGAGGAAAUUAACGGCACUGUGUGGGAAGUUCCGGUAAAAUACACGCGAUUAAAGCAGAUCGGAACCGGAGCCUACGGCACAGUGUGCUCAACUAUCAAUGAAAAAACCCAGGAGAAAGUUGCCAUCAAGAAACUUCACAGGCCCUUCCAGUCGGAGAUCUUUGCGAAGAGGGCCUACCGAGAGCUCAGGCUGCUCAAACACAUGAAGCAUGAAAAUGUGAUUGGACUGCUGGAUGUGUUUACCCCUGCCACCCGACUAGAAUCCUUUCAGGACUUCUACCUGGUGAUGCCGUUCAUGUACACAGAUCUGUCCAAGGUGCGGGGUCUGCUUUCAGAAGACCGUGUGCAGUUCCUGGUCUACCAGAUGCUCUGUGGACUAAAGUACAUUCACAGUGCUGGCAUCAUUCACAGGGAUCUGAAACCAGGCAACUUGGCAGUGAAUCAGGACUGCGAGCUGAAGAUAUUGGACUUUGGCCUAGCAAGGCAUGCAGAGCAAGAGAUGACUGGUUAUGUUGUGACAAGAUGGUACCGAGCGCCUGAGGUUAUUUUAAAUUGGAUGCACUACAACCAGACAGUGGACAUCUGGUCAGUUGGGUGCAUAAUGGGAGAAAUGUUCAACGGAAAGACACUCUUCAAAGGAAAAGACUACAUGGACCAGCUGGUUCAAAUCAUGAAGGUAACAGGGACGCCUGGCCCAGAAUUCAUCGAGAAACUAGAAAGCCAGGAGGCAAAGAACUAUGUGAAAUCGCUGCCCUUUUAUCCUCGGAAAGAUUUCUCUGCACUGUUUCCCCGGGCCAGUGAACAAGCGGUGGACCUGCUGGAGAAGAUGCUGGUUUUAGACACUGAUGCCCGUGUCACUGCUGAUGGUGCACUGGCCCACAGUUACUUUGACGGCCUGAGGGAUCCAGAAGACUGUCCAGAGCCUAAGCCAUAUGAUGACAGUUAUGACAAUGCCACACUGCCCCUAGAGGAGUGGAAGAGAUUGUCGUUUAAAGAACUGAAGAGUUUUGUUCCGUUUCCAAGAAGAGACUCGAAGAGGAGAAACACACUGACAAUGUCUCAGUGAUGUUACACUAUGUCACAUCCACGCCUUUAUGCAGAGGAUUGGUGCAAAGGAACCGGGUGUACAAAUGUUUACACAUAAAUCUGUUACAAGUCGUCACAAUCCAUGAUGAGUCAGAAAUGAAUGUAUCUUUGUUGUGUACCUGAUAACUGGGCUUAAGGAUGUACUACUGUUACAGUAGUGAUUGCCUUUCAUUCAUUGCCUUGAAGCCUUUGUUUUAGGUUUGGAACUAUAUAAAAGGAGUUUAUUCUUUUGAUAUUAUUUGGAUUCUUUGAUUCAGACCUGUAACAUUGUGGCUUUUUGUGCUCAGGACAAAAAAGCACCUAGAUACUAGAUGUCAAGAGCUGUACAGUUUUUCACUAUAUCUAAAUAUUAUUUGUAUGAUUGAACAGAGCUAAUUAAAAUUGCAAUAGUGCCCAUAAGUGUAUAUUGUUAAAUAUACCAUAGCACUGUGCAUCAAAACCAGCUCAUUUACUCUAGUGACACACUGCUCUUCGAGAACUUAAACCCUUGAAACAACUUAAACUUGACAAAGAGCUGAGGGAGUAAACCAGGAGAUUGAAUUGAAUAACUGAAGUGCAGUAUAACUUAAGUUACCUUUGAAAGCUCUGGUGAGUGUGUCAGGAUCCUCCCCAGCUGUAGGCCGGAUGAAAGCAGUUAAAAAUGUAAAUGAAAUAUGACUGAUUGCACAUGCCAACAGACUAUGGUCUGACCAUUUGGAAGGACCAUCGUGUGUGAUAUGGAGGCUUUCUGUUACAUUGGAGUUUACUUUUAAUUGACGACUUUCAGCACAGCAGGAAUAUUCAGAAUGGUUACAUACCUCCAGCCCUCACACCUCUGUGGUGUUAUAGGUAUUGAGCUAUAUGUAAUAGUCAUUUGUCAGGGUAUGUUAUGAAAUGAUUUGUGAAUGUUGUUUAUGGUGCAUAGCUUUGUAAGAUGCAUUUGACUAUAAUAAUGAACCCAGUAAACAUUAUGACAAUCAGUGAUGUAGUAUUUUAAUGACACAUUUUUUUUAAAUAAAAGCCUUAAUUGAAAGACUACA